AUGGAGGACGGUAACACAUGGGACGGGGAAAGCGGGAGCGAUGGGGAGGAAGAUAUGGAAAUGGGGGAGAAGAUGCACAGGGAAAAGGAAGAGAGCGGGCAGGCUCAAGAAAGAAGGGUUUAUGUACCUGGGCAAGGUCCUCCUCCAGCGCCUGGAGAAGAAUUGGUGAUGGAUGAAGGAGCUUAUCGGCUUUACCACCGUGCAGGCACAGGUGCUCCUUGCUUGAGUUUUGACAUCUUGCGAGACUCCCUUGGUGAGUAUCGAACCAGCUAUCCGCUGAGUCUUCUCCUUUGUGCCGGAACCCAGGCUGAAACUGCCAAUGCCAACAGAUUGAUGGUAAUGAAAAUGCACAACCUCCAUGGGACUAAACAAGCCAGCAAGGAAGCUUUGGGGUCAGAGAGCAGCAGUGACAGUGAAGAAGAUGAUGAUGACGAUGAAGAGAAGAAACCCCAGCUGGAAUUGGCUAUGGUCCCCCAUUAUGGGGGCAUUAACAGAAUCCGGGUGACCGAGUUUGGUGGUUCACAGAUAGCGGCUGUUUGGUCUGAGAAAGGACAGGUGGAGCUAUAUGACCUACGGCGCGCACUAGUUGCUGUGUCAGAUGCGCAGGCCAUGGCUGCUUUCCUGCGAGAAGAGCAGGCUAAAAUCAAACCAAUUUUCUCCUUUGCCGGGCAUAUGACAGAAGGGUUUGCUAUGGACUGGUCCCCCAAGAAACCGGGUACUCUUCUAACUGGCGACUGCAACAAAAAUAUCCAUUUGUGGACACCCAAAGAGGAUGGCUCGUGGUUUGUAGAUCAGCGGCCUUUCACAGCCCACACUUCAUCGGUGGAAGACUUGCAGUGGUCUCCUAAUGAAGCCACGGUUUUUGCAUCGUGCUCUGCAGAUGCUUCCAUCAGAAUCUGGGAUACAAGGGCGGCCCCUGGGCAAGCCUGCAUGCUGACCAUCAGCCGGGCACACGACGCAGAUGUCAACGUAAUCAGCUGGAACCGAAACGAGCCCUUUAUUGUAAGCGGCGGUGACGAUGGGGCCCUAAAAAUAUGGGACCUGCGGCAGUUCCAGAAAGGUUCGCCCGUCGCCACCUUCAAGCAGCACACGGCCCCCAUCACCUCUGUCGAAUGGCACCCCAUGGACAGUGGCGUGUUUGCAGCGGCUGGUGCCGACGACCAGGUGACUCAGUGGGACUUGGCCGUGGAGCGAGACGACCCAGGGGAGGGGGAGGACCCCGCUCUGGCCUCCAUCCCGCCCCAACUGCUGUUUGUUCACCAAGGGGAGAGUGACAUUAAGGAGCUGCACUGGCAUCCACAGUGCCCCGGCGUCCUCGUCACCACUGCGCUAUCCGGCUUCAACAUCUUUCGAACCAUCAGCAUCUGAGAAGAGAGGCUGUCAAAA